AUGCAAGCCUACCAGCGGCUAGCUGUUGUCCCCUUCAGUUCCUACCAUGUGUCGGUCGCCUCCUUGGGUGCUCUUGUGGCGUACAUCAACGGUAGCACUGAAUACAGACUGCGGAUGGACUCCUUGAUGGUCACCGCCAUGGAAAGCCAGAACGUCCUCUCAUUGGAUUCCCACACCAUCCGGGCCCUCAUGUUGGUUGUUCCCUACGCCAACUACUCCCCUAGGUCAGACUCUAAGGGGAGGAGUAGGGAGACCCUACUGUAUGUUCAGCAACUCUUUUCUUGUGCUACUUCGGGCGGCCGACGACUCCUCAGACAGUCUCUCACACAACCUCUUUGUGAUGCUGGAGCCAUCCAAGAGAGACAGGGCCUGGUGAAGAUACUAUUGCAAGAUGAGGAGCUCUUCUUCGGCCUCACACAGCAGGUCCUCCCCUCGGUCACUGAGCUAGAGAUCGCUGCCACCCGACUAGCCACUGACCCCGUCAAGUAA